AUGGCAAAACAUAGAGUUAAACCAUAUUCCACACCAGGCACUACAUGGAGAUUAAAAGUUUUACAUAUUCGUCAUUCAAAUUUAUCACAAUUAGAAUCUCAAUAUCCAAAUGAAUUAAUUAUUGCAUCCCCUAUAAAUCAAUCAAUGAUUAAACAAUCAAUUCAAAAAUCUUUUAAUUCAAAUACAUCAAAAUCAAAUAAUAAACAAUCAUCAACAAUCUCAGGGAGACCUUUUUCAGUAUUUUCAUCAAAUUUAUUAAAUGAUUCAAAAAAUUCUUUAUCAAGAAAUUCAACAAGUGAUCAUAGUUCAAUAUCAAGUUCCACAUUAACAAAUCCAAUAUCAAAUCCAAAUUCAAUUUCAAAUACUUUAACAAAUAGAUCUUCUUCAAACAAAUUACAAUUAAAAUAUAGAAAUACAAUUAAUAAUCCAAAUGAUGAUGAAAUAUUACCCUCGGUAUAG